UAACUUGACAUGGACCAUAAUUACACAACUAUGACAGAAUUCAUUCUCAUUGGACUUUCAGAAAUUGCGGAACUCCAAGUUUUAAUUUUUAUGGUGUUUUUAAUUAUUUACAUGAUUACUGUAAUUGGAAACCUAUGUAUUAUUUUAGCUUAUCUAUUUAGUCGAAAUCUUCACACUCCUAUGUACUUUUUACUUGCUAACUUUUCUUUUCUUGAAACCUGUUACAUUUCAGUCAAUAUUCCAAAGAUGCUUUCCAACUUGUUAUUUGAGAAUAAGACAAUUUCUUUCUAUGGCUGUGCGAUACAAGUCUAUAGCUUUGGAGUCUGCGGUGGGACAGAGUGUUACCUACUAGCGGCAAUGGCAUACGACCGGUAUAGUGCAAUAUGUCACCCUCUUUUAUAUAGCAUCAUAAUGAAAAGAAUGGUUUGUAUUCGACUUCUCAUCGGAUCUUAUUUGGUUGGCUCAGCAAACUCUCUGCUGCAUACGGUUCUUACAUUCACUUUGCCUUUUUGUGGUUCUAAUAAAAUCAAUCACAUUUUUUGUGACAUUCCACCAAUAUUAACCUUAGCAUGUGCAGACACCAGGAUUAAUCAGAUUGUUAUUUUUGUGACCAGUAUCUGUGUUGUGGUCGGUUCAUUUAUAUUAAUUGUGGUGUCUUAUAUACAUAUUAUACUGGCUAUUGUUAGAAUUGAUUCUACAUCUGGUAGAAAGAAGGCGUUUUCCACUUGUACCUCACACUUCACGGUGGUUACUAUAUUUUAUGGUUCUGUUAUGUUUAUGUACUUAAAGCCUGAAUCGAGCAAUACCAUUGUCCAGGACAAGUUGGUGGCAGUCAUGUAUACAGUUAUUGCACCUCUGUUAAACCCUUUUAUCUAUAGCCUAAGGAACAGAGACGUCAAAAUGGCUCUUGUUAAAAUGUAUCACAAGCUGAUGGCAUCUAGGAAGCAUUUAGCAGAGUUUUGAUUUUAUCAGUUUGAUACACAUUUUAGCGUUUUAAGCAGUUUGUAUGUUUAGUGCACAAGUGUGCAGGUAGACGAUUACUUGCAAUGAAACAGUACUUUGCCCCUUCACUUUAUAAUAGCAGGAACUCCAAAUAGACCACGCCUGAAACUUGCAUUCUAUU